AUGGAUGGCCAGACCGUUCAUCCCACUAGCAGAUUUGACUGCGUUGCACUUUUCGAGUCUCCUUCGGGAAACUUAUUCACCUCCCACCAGCCCUUUUCUUCCAAUGAUAGCCCAGAGAAAUUAGUCAUUGACAUUUUGAAGACUCAUAAAGAGCACGUCGGUCGAUGGAAACGAGUCUUUUACCGUGGCAUUCUUCUGAAGAAGCCCGUUGUGUCGAUUGCCAAGAUAUCUAGGGCUACCUUGCAAACCAGCUCCAGAGGACAAGAACAAUUCUGGAUUCAGAGCAAAGUCUAUGAUGCAACCCUUACAUCGGCCAUACGGAAUCCUGCUGUCUUGCGCAAUGUUGACCUCGCUACUUUCUGUCACGAAUACAAGGAUGUGGUAGUCGACGCUGGUGGAUCAACUCCCCAGGCUGCCAUUCUUAUUCAUUUGGUGAAUGACCCGACUGCUUCCAAGGUAGUUGGUGCUAUGGGUUCAGUAAUCUCUAUUACCUUGGGGUUGGUUGGCGCUUUUGUCCUUUAG